GGCGCAGGCUGAGGCGGUCGCGGCGGCGGCGGCUUGAACGGGCCUGGCGCCGGCGGCGGCGGAAAGUAUCCCACCGGUGGGCUAUGUGAGCGUCGAGGACUUGGCAGAAAUCAAUGUGAUUUUAAUUUGAAACAAAACUAAGAAAUGGGUUCCUCUUCCUCCUUCAUUCAUACUGCUUUUUGAUGGUCAUGGCAUAAGGAACUUUAUCCCAGGAAUACAACUUUGCAUUAGCACCAAACAAGAUUUGUGAUGAAAUGGAGCCUGGAACAAACUCUUUUCGAGUAGAAUUUCCUGAUUUUUCCAGCACCAUUCUGCAGAAACUGAACCAGCAGCGCCAGCAAGGACAAUUAUGUGAUGUCUCCAUUGUUGUCCAAGGCCACAUUUUCCGAGCACACAAAGCCGUUCUUGCUGCCAGUUCACCCUACUUUUGUGACCAGGUACUCCUGAAAAACAGCAGAAGGAUUGUUUUGCCUGAUGUGAUGAACCCCAGAGUGUUUGAGAACAUUCUCCUAUCAAGUUACACGGGACGUCUAGUAAUGCCUGCUCCAGAAAUUGUUAGUUACUUAACAGCAGCAAGCUUCCUCCAGAUGUGGCAUGUGGUAGACAAAUGCACUGAGGUUUUAGAAGGAAACCCUACAGUCCUUUGUCAGAAGCUAAAUCAUGGCAGUGACCACCAGUCUCCCAGCAGCAGUAGUUACAAUGGCCUGGUAGAGAGCUUUGAGCUGGGCUCUGGGGGCCAUACGGAUUUCCCCAAAGCCCAGGAACUGAGGGACGGAGAGAAUGAAGAGGAGAGCACCAAAGACGAGCUGUCAUCUCAGCUCACCGAGCAUGAAUACCUUCCUAGCAACUCGUCCACGGAGCAUGACCGGCUGAGCACUGAGAUGGCGAGCCAGGAUGGGGAGGAGGGGGCCAGCGACAGUGCCGAGUUCCACUACACCCGGCCCAUGUACAGCAAGCCCAGCAUAAUGGCUCACAAACGCUGGAUCCAUGUGAAGCCUGAGCGCUUUGAGCAAGCGUGCGAGGGCAUGGAUGUGCAUGCAUCCUACGAUGAGCACCAGGUCACAGAGUCCAUCAACACCAUGCAGACAGAGCACUCGGUCCAGCCCUCGGGAGUAGAGGAAGACUUUCACGUCGGGGAAAAGAAAGUGGAAGCAGAGUUUGAUGAACAGGCUGAUGAAAGCAAUUAUGACGAGCAGGUGGAUUUCUAUGGCUCUUCCAUGGAAGAGUUUUCUGGAGAGAGGUCGGAUGGGAAUCUCAUUGGGCACAGACAGGAGGCUGCCCUAGCAACAGGCUACAGUGAGAAUAUUGAAAUGGUAACAGGGAUUAAAGAAGAAGCUUCCCACCUAGGAUUCUCAGCCACCGACAAGCUGUAUCCUUGUCAGUGUGGGAAAAGUUUCACUCACAAGAGUCAGAGAGAUCGACACAUGAGCAUGCAUCUUGGUCUUCGGCCUUAUGGUUGUGGUGUCUGUGGUAAGAAAUUCAAAAUGAAGCAUCAUCUCGUGGGCCACAUGAAAAUUCACACAGGCAUAAAGCCAUAUGAGUGUAAUAUCUGUGCAAAGAGAUUUAUGUGGAGGGACAGUUUCCACAGGCAUGUGACUUCUUGUACCAAGUCUUACGAAGCUGCAAAGGCUGAGCAGAAUACGACUGAGGCUAACUAAAAAUAGGAUCUGGCCCUUGAGUGGCAGGCACAAAAAUAAACUAUGGUAAUUAUGCAAAUCUGGGCACA